AUGAAUAUGUUCAAUGAUAUUAAAGAUGAGUUACAUGGUCAAGAGCAGAAUGUAGCAGAAGCAACAGCUACAGCAAAUACUCUUGCUGAUAUUUCUACACUGAUAACACAGCAGAGUAAGAAUUACAAUGAUGGUAGAUUGGGAAUGAUUGAAUCCAAUGAAAAAAGACCAAGACGUGGUCGUGUAGCAGAACAUCCAUGCUGGGAAUUGGUGCAACGAGUUGAUGAACAUAACUGUAUGAUUUGUAGGAUAUGCUCGAAAGUGGUAAAAUGUUUGAAUACCCGAAAUGCAAUGCAGCAUUUUAGUAGUUGUCACCCUCAGAUUGCUGUUGAGCUUGAUCAAUCGUGGCAGAUGAAGUUGCAACUCAAGGCUGACUUCAGUCGCAUAUCUUCGGAAACCUCAUUGUUUCACGCAAGUAUGUGGAAAAGGCGUGGUCGUGCAGCAGAACAUCCUAGCUGGCGUUAUUUUUGUCGAAUUAAUCGAAAAAGUUCAAAUUGCAAAUUGUGUGGUGUGCAUGUAGCAUAUGCGUGCUCUGGCAAUUUAAUGAAACAUUUAAAAUCCAGACAUCUUGCAGAAUUUGCCAUAACUCAACGAGAGUGGGAAGAAAUUCUCAAGAGAAAGAAACAGCUUUGCGAGUUGCGAUUAAAGGUAAGUUCGAAUGUAUCUGGAUCUGAAGAACAGUCACCGUCAAACUUCUUAUCUUACGAUAAUGAAGAUGAACAAGAUGAAGGCUUAGGAGGAGAUGGAAUCGAAGGAGAAGAAGAUGGUAAUAUGGAACUUUUCGAGCAGAGUAACGGAAAUGAAAAUGAUGGUUCAGCAUGUAAUGAUGCUGAUUCGAAGUUGGAUGAUUUUGAUGGCCAGACAAUCGCUGAGCAACAUGAUGCAACACUUGAACCUUCCAUUGCAGAUGAUGCAAAAACAACAGAUGUUAGCGAAACUGCAAACAGGAUUUUGCAGUCCAUUGGAUUUUCAUCUAAUCUUCCUAAAUCACCUUCACCCGGAUUGCAACAGCAAGGAUCAUGGCUUUCACAGAACUCUUUGGACACAAAAAGUGAUGCAUUUAGAAGACGCAUUAGCUUCUUCGUAAACGGAUUAGUGGAAGAUUUGGUAUCAUUCCCAAUGGAGAAAUCAUUAUUGUGUAUGCGCCAGAUCCGAAAAUUUAUGGAUGAAAAGUUGAUUGGAUUGGAAGGAAGUAUACAAAAUUCGGAAGUAGACACCAAUGUUACUUAA